GUCAACCAGUUUGUUUCGCCGCGCGAGAAGAACGAUGAUUACGACGCUGUUGACUGUUAUCGGUGCGUUGAGCGUGUUGAGCUGGUUAUACGAGAACCUACGCAAUCCGGUGGUGCUGUUAAUCCACAGGUUCAAAGUGACUCGCGAGAAUAGUUUGGCGCAGAAAUAUGGAGAGUGGGCAGUUAUCACGGGUGGAUCGGAUGGAAUCGGUAAAGCUUAUGCUCACUACUUAGCCCAAAAAGGUAUGAAGGUACUUCUGGUGGCGCGGAAUGCAGUGAAGCUCACGAAAGUGUCUCAGGAAAUUAACGAGAAAUAUGGCGUGGACUGCCGAUAUGCUGUAGCCGAUUUCUCGAAGGGAGAACAAAUUUUUCCGCAGCUGGAGAAGGAACUAGCGCCAUACGAUAUAGGCAUUCUCGUUAAUAAUGUUGGAGUCAUAAAUGAGAAACCGAUUCUGCUGGAGCGGAUGGAUAAGGCGUUACUUUGGAAUCUUAUCAAUAUCAAUGUUGGAGCCGCAACGUUACUCUGCAAUAUUGUGAUCCCUAAAAUGAAAAGCAACAAACGUGGCCUUAUCGUUAACAUUUCAUCCAUGUCAGCAUUAGCCCCUACACCUUAUCUAAACGUAUACGCCGCAACGAAGGCUUACAUGACCAGCUUUUCCCAUGCCCUGCACGAGGAACUUAAACCUUACGGAAUCGAAUGCCAAACAGUAUCACCAGGGUUCGUCCAUACUAGCAUGACGGAAUACCUGGCACCCACGGAGGGGUCUCAGGCUCCCCUUUCACGGCGGUUGUUGAAAGUAAAUGAUUUCAUAAGAUACGCGGGGUACACGCUAGGCAAGGUUAGCACAACAUGCGGUCACUGGUCUCACGGAAUACAGGUUGGAUUUUUGAAAAUGUUGCCCGAAACAUUGCGAUUGCGAAUAUUUACAAGGAUGUAUACCCAGUUACUUAGCGAAUUUUCGGAACCCUAAAAGAUAAUGUGGCUCAAAAAACAACUUUACAACUUAACUUCUUCCACGGGUCCAAUACAAGAAGAUAAGUAGAAGUAUAAACCUUAUACACAAAGACGGAUUUAUGAUGACCGACUGAGCAAAAUGUGAAAGAUGAAAAAGUUCUGUUUUGUGAUGCCGGCAAUGAUUUUUCGUUGUUGCAGAAUAUGAGCAAUAGUCUUGGCGAAAGAAUUUAUUUGAAUAUUCAAUCAAUUGUGAUAAGAGAUGCAAGGUUAUCAGGAAUGCAUCGAAUGUGCGGAACUCUCAUAAUGGGACGAGGAAACAGUCUAUGCUU